AUAUCGAUUCUGAAAUUAGUUGUAACAAACAUGUCUGCGCCCAUGUUUGCAAGGUCAAAAAUGCUAAACUGGGAGUUUUCAGUGAUUUUACAAUGAAGGGCCUUUUAGCAAUGAAAUAUGUUACGGUUAUUACAACAUGCUGUUCUCCGAAACGUAUCUCCGAUCUGUGUUCCCCCUUCGAUACGUUUUUUCUCAAAGUUAGGAGCCCAGCGUACCUGGCCUAAAAGUACGCCCUGCUUCUGUCCACAUUUGUUACACCACAGACGGCAGGUACAGAGGUCACACACCAAAGAAAAUGUAGGGACAGCUAUUAACGCUCCAUUGGAGAAUUCCUCGUCGUGGAAAUCUGUGUACGAGACUGUGACACAGCCGUUUACUGCUGAAAGAGAUGAAACGUUUAGUGACACGGCCGAACUCUCCGUGCGGUACAUUACCGUGCACACAUUGUAUGAUUUCUAUGUUGAAUGCCCAGAUGGGAUUCUGUUUGACGUGUGUUAUGUGGACUCGCACCCUGACGGGGUGGGAGGGAAGGACAUUAAGACUGUGGUGCUUUUGCCCACCAGCCCAGGAUCUCACCUCGAUGUGUUGCCCCUCAUGAGACCCCUAGUUAGGGCUGGGUACAGGGUAGUUGCAAUCAAUUUUCCAGGUUAUGGAAAAACCAAUGCAUUUAUUAAAGCACAUGAGUUCAUCUUCCGAGGAGCUACUGAUGAGCGGACAGAUUUUCUUCUCCAAUUUCUCAAGGAGCUGAAAAUUGACAAGGUGGACAUGCUGGUAGCCCAGGGGUCAGGCUGCUACCCUGCAAUUGACCUGGCAGCAUCUCACACCUGGAUCAAAUCUCUGGCUCUUAUCUGCCCUGGGGGACACAGGGCAUUCCGAGGGGUCUCUCCUUAUCAGCAGGUCCAGAGAAUGGCCAUGAUGUAUGACAAACAGCUGUACAGGUUACCCCUGAUAUUAUGGGUGAUGGUGACAAAGUACGUACAGCGACAACCACACAGAUGGAAUGUCCCGAUUCUCCACAUCAUCAAGUCCAUUGUGGAGGCGGCUAACUACCAGUUUGAGAGUAUGGAGACCAAUAUUUUUGCUGUGGUCAACAGACAGCUUCCAGUGACAUUUGUGUAUUCCGGUCAGGAUUCCCUUGUAGAGACAGAAAUAUCCAGGGAGCUGGCCGUCGCCCUGAAACUCAAACCAGAGGAGUUUGCUCAAGUGGACAGUGACAACUAUUUCAUUUAUCCAGAGAAAAAGAAAUCAACGAGAGGUCUAUAUUUAGAAACAGGAAGGCACAACCCCCUGAAACAUCAGAGACAUUGUGAUGUGAUAGCAUUAAUGCUUAUAGAUGAAUUGAAAAGGACAACAAAGAAUCUAUCAUGAUUUUGCUUAAAGCAGUUGAAUAUAUCAUCUUACUUUAUCACAAAUGUGGUGUGCAAGUGAUAACAUUUCCAUUUUUUGCUUACCAGUUUGGUAAUUAAAGAGAUGCAACAGCU